AUGGCUGCUGAGGGGUUUGAAAUGGCUGCUGAGGGGUAUGAAAUGGCUGCUGAGGGGUUUGAAAUGGCUGCUGAGGGGUAUGAAAUGGCUGCUGAGGGGUAUGAAAUGGCUGCUGAGGGGUUUGAAAUGGCUGCUGAGGGGGAUGAAAUGGCUGCUGAGGGGUUUGAAAUGGCUGCUGAGGGGGAUGAAAUGGCUGCUGAGGGGGAUGAAAUGGCUGCUGAGGGGUAUGAAAUGGCUGCUGAGGGGUAUGAAAUGGCUGCUGAGGGGUAUGAAAUGGCUGCUGAGGGGUUUGAAAUGGCUGCUGAGGGGGAUGAAAUGGCUGCUGAGGGGUUUGAAAUGGCUGCUGAGGGGGAUGAAAUGGCUGCUGAGGGGGAUGAAAUGGCUGCUGAGGGGUAUGAAAUGGCUGCUGAGGGGUAUGAAAUGGCUGCUGAGGGGUUUGAAAUGGCUGCUGAGGGGUAUGAAAUGGCUGCUGAGGGGUAUGAAAUGGCUGCUGAGGGGGAUGAAAUGGCUGCUGAGGGGGAUGAAAUGGCUGCUGAGGGGUAUGAAAUGGCUGCUGAGGGGUAUGAAAUGGCUGCUGAGGGGUUUGAAAUGGCUGCUGAGGGGUAUGAAAUGGCUGCUGAGGGGUAUGAAAUGGCUGCUGAGGGGGAUGAAAUGGCUGCUGAGGGGUAUGAAAUGGCUGCUGAGGGGGAUGAAAUGGCUGCUGAGGGGUUUGAAAUGGCUGCUGAGGGGGAUGAAAUGGCUGCUGAGGGGGAUGAAAUGGCUGCUGCUGCUGGUACUGCCGCAUCCAGGUGGCAUCCUGGGACUGCCACGGCGUCACGUUGGGAAAGGUCUGCCCUGACCAACCCUCAGGACCAGGCAUAG